AUGAAUUAUAUCACGCAAGAAUGGCCCGACCCACUAGUGCAUGUACAAACCAUAUCUGAAAAUGGACUCAGUUCCAUACCACACGCAUACGUCAAACCCCCUGUUGAUCGACCAAAUCUUAAUAUCGCUUCAGAUGAGAUAAACCAGAGUUCAAAUCUGCCAAUUAUCGACAUAGAAUGCCUUCUGAAUGGCUCGGUAGAGUCAUCUGAGGAGACGAUGUCGGCGAUAUCAAGUGCAUGCAGAGAGUGGGGGUUCUUCCAGGUGGUGAACCAUGGAGUGAGUUACGAGCUAAUGGCGAAAGUCAGAGAAAUGUGGAGGGAAUUCUUUUACCUUCCCAUGGAGGAGAAGAUGAAUUAUGUAAACUCGCCGAUAACUCUCGAGGGUUAUGGUAGCCGGCUUGGGGUUAAGAAGGAUGCCAUUCUUGAUUGGGGAGAUUACUUCUUUUUGCAGGUGUUUCCUGAGAGUGUUAGGAGCUAUGAUAAGUGGCCAAAGGUCCCUACUCCUUUAUUGAGCGCAAUAACAGAAGAAUAUUCAAAAGCUAUGAUGAAUCUAUGCAAGUUACUUACACAGGUGUUGUCUACAAACCUAGGACUUGAUAAAACCUUUAUAUGGAAAGCCUUUGGUGAAGAAGAAAUAGGCUCGUCCAUUCGUGUCAACUACUACCCGAAAUGUCCUCAACCGGGUCUAACACUUAGCUUAUCUGCACAUUCUGACCCUGGAGGCUUAACAGUUCUCAUGCCGGAUUAUCGUGUUAAUGGGUUACAGGUGCGAAAGGAGGAUAAGUGGAUCACAGUGAAGCCUGUGGCUGAUGCCUUAAUAGUGAACCUCGGUGACCAAAUUCAGGUGCUGAGCAAUGCAAUAUACAAGAGCGUGGAGCAUCGUGUGACUGUUAAUUCGGCCGAAGAACGGCUUUCAGUAGCCUUUUUUUACAACCCAAAGGGUGAUGUACCAAUUGGACCGGCUCAAGAGCUUGUGAACCCGGUUCGACCCUCACUGUACAAAUCUACGACAUACGACACAUACAGAUUAUAUUUGAGGAAUGAAGGUCCGUGUGGGAAGUCAAAGAUUGAAACUCUGAGGGCUGACUAG